AUGGCGGUGGCUUUGCAACUGAUGUCCUUCUGCGUCGCUCUCAUUUCAACCCUCUUCCUGGUCGCGGCUACAUGGACCGACUGCUGGAUGGUUAAUGCUGACGACAGCUUGGAGGUGAGGGCGAGGAACAGGAACAGGUAGCAUGUUCUACUACGCUGGGGUAGCCACCUUGCUGCCUAUAUAUGCAACCAUUCCUAUUCUCCAGAUCUAUAAUUGCAUCCCCCUUCCCUCAGGGCCCCUCCAUAAUAAGAAAGGUUGCGGUCACCCUUCUCUGCUUGUGGAGUGCUUUCCCUGGCCAUGCCCACCUGGGGCCAACCUUUACAUCCAGUGGAGGCAGUUCAAUCUGCCCUCAGCCAGGCUCUCCCACCUCUCUACCUCCUUAUAACAAGUUCAGAGGGUGGCGCUGCCUGUUGGCUCCCUGCUCCUUAGUCUCAGUGUUGCCCCUUGCAGAACUCAACAGGGAGGAGGAUGGGGGCGAAACUGGAAUUACUUUACACUUUCUGUCAUUAGCUCUGGCGCCACCUACUGUCAGGCUCCCUGCCUGCAAAAGUGUUGGCAGCUAAAGUGUUCGUCUCUCCUGGGGUACUUGAUGAAAUUUGAUUGUAAGCCAGCCCUGUGUUAGGCAACCAGCUAGUUAUAGUAGUAGUAGUAGUAAUAGUAGUAGUACUAUAAUAAAUAAUAGGUGAGGAAAAGGUACUAGUAUGCUUUUGAACUGCUAUGUUGGCAGAAGCUGGGACAACAGGAGCUCACACCAUCACACAGAUACAAACCACCAACCUUCUGAUCAGCAAGCCCAAGAGGCUCGGUGGUUUAGACCACAGCACCACCCAUGUCCCUAAUCAUAACAGGAACUGAGCCCAAUUACCUAUUGGGGCUCUUUGCUGCGCAAAGUGAGUAGCAUAUGGCUUGAGAAUCCACUUGCAGAGUCGACUUUACCUGUUGCAAUCCAACAUGCAGAGAUGCUUGUGGAGUAAGAAAAGUAGUUUAUUAUAGGUAGUACAUAACUUGGAUAAGGAAGUUUUUUCGUUCUAUCCUAACCAAUUAAUCUGGGCAAUACAAAGGCAGCCAUGCUUGCUCCUUUGUUCUCAGAGGAUAGACCCAAAGUGCCCUCUCAUCUUGAGGUCCAAAGGAGAAGUCAGAGGAGGUGGAGGAAGUUGUAAAUAGGAUGCAACCUAUUUCAGUCUAAAACAUCCAGUCCUUUUCAGCUCUGGCCCCAGCCUGGUGGAACGCUCUGUCACAAGAGACUAGGGCCCUGCGGGAUUUUACAUCUUUCCACAGGGCCUGCAUUUUAAACUGUAUUCUAACUUAUAUUUUAAUCAACUGUUUGUUUGGUUUUUGUUUGUUUGCUUGUUUUAAAAUGUUUUCACUGUAUUUAUAUUUGGUGUUAGCUGCCUUGAACCCGGUCUUGGCUGGGGAGGGCGGAGUAUAAAUAAAUUUAUUAUUAUUAUUAUUAUUAUUAUUAUUAUUAUUAUUAUUAUUAACAAUGAGAUAAAACAGUAAGCUUAUACCGGUAGGUACAGCGAUAGCUUGGAAAUGUGGUGGUCCCUUUCUCUAUCUGUCUCAGCCCCAAGCAACCCCCCUUUUUGCACCCAAAACUUCCGAUGAUGUUCUUCGCAGGUCAGCCACAAAUGCCGAGGACUGUGGAGGGAGUGUGUCACCAACAUGCAAGACGGCAUCAGGACCUGCGACCAGUACGACUCCAUUUUAGCAGAGCAUCCCUGUAAGUCUCCAACAGCUGAUGGGCUGAAGCAUCUUCGGGUGCAUUCAAGCUUUCUCAGCCUUUGCACGAUUGCAACCCUCCCCUACUACAGUUCACCCCAAUUGUUGGGGGUGCUGGGAGGUGUUUCCGAGCAUGUUAAGAUUGCUAAAAGGGCUGGAACUGAUGAUCAGGCCUCCAGGAGUGGAGUAAAAAUGCAGAGAUGAGGGUUGACCAGUGGAGAGUCCUUUCAGCAGUAAGGUUGGAUAGGCUUACGUCAGUGGGUGGAGAACUGGAUUCGGAACUGGUGGGCCGCCCUCCAUGGGCCAAGUUUGACCUGUCAAUCAUCUGACAUCACAAUGACAUCAGGGGAGCUUUUCUUUAAAUAGAGCUGCGCACUGAGGCCCCGACCAUUGUCUGAUCAUUGGGGCUUGCACUGCAGAAGGCAUGACCUCAAGGGCCAAAUCGGGAGCCCCAGCACAGUUCUCCACCAGUGGCCUAUAGUGAUGAUAAUAAUGUGCCCGUGAUCUGUGGCAAUGCAAAUAGUCUUUGGCAAGCUGUAAUAACACUGCCCUACAUUUUUAGAGUUGGACGGGUGUAGUGCUCCAAUUUCCAAUAAAAAUAGGGAUGUCCUAUAUAACAACAACAACAACAAUAUUAUUAUUUAUACCCUGCCCAUUUGAGUGGGUUGCAACAGCCACUCUGGACGGCUUCCCAACAUAUAUAAAAACAUGAUAAAACAUUAAAAGUUUUUUUAAAACUUCCCUAUACAGAUGUCUUCUAAAGGUUGUACAGUUACUUAUCUCCUUGGCUCAGGGGUUACGUAACUCCAGACCCUCCAACAUUUAUCUGAUGAAAAUACAGUGGUACCUCAGGUUACAGAUGCUUCAGGUUACAGACGCUUCAGGUUACAGACUCCGCUAACCCAGAAAUAGUACCUUGGGUUAAGAACUUUGCUUCAGGAUAAGAACAGAAAUGGCGGCAGCAGGAGGCCCCUAUAGGUAAAGUGGUACCUAAGGUUAAAAACCGUUUCAGGUUAAGAACAGACCUCCAGAAAGAAUUAAGUUCUUAACCUGAGGUACCACUAUAGAGACUUCCUAAGGAAAAGUGGGGCAUUCCGGGAUCUAAUCAGAAACCGGGACGGCUUCUGUAAACUGGAACUGUUCCUGGAAAAUGGUGACUCUUGAAGGGUCUGGUUUGCAAAAUGGGGCAGGGACAGGAGGCACAAUCUUGGAUGGACUGGAGGUCAGAGGCACCAGAUUAGGUAAAUAAGGAAGCAGGAGCUAGAGGAAGAGGCAGCAAGGUCGUCAGAAGACAGGCCAGGUGCCAGGUUGAGCAGGGAAGAACCAGGGGGGAAGAGCCAUAGCUUAGUGGUAAAACAUCUGCUCUGCAUGCAGAAGGUUGCAGGUUCAAUCCCUGGCAUCUCCAAGUAUCCUAGGAGAGAUGCCUGCCUGAACUCCUGUAUAGCUGCUUCCAGUCAGUGUAGACCAUCAUGUGCUGGAUGCACCAAUGACUCAGUAUGUUAGCUUCUUAUGUUUCUAUUCAAAUCAACUCUUUAUCUGGCAGCUUGCUUUAAUUUUAGGAAAGGGACCUAGCUCAGUGGUUAUAGCUCCUGAUAUGCAUGCAGAAGGUCCCAUUUUAAUCCAGGUAGAGAAAUGGGAGGGACUUCUGCGAGAAAUCCUGGGGAGCUACUGCCCACUGGUGUAGACAUUGAUGGUCUAGGUGGACAAAUGACCUGGCUUAGUAUUAAACAGACCUUCAAGGUUCCUCCCAACAGAGUCAGCCAGGGGACGCCAGGCCAGUCAGAUGCUUCUUUGACUGACCUUCAACUACCUUGUAUUUUGCUGUCCCUUCUCAGUGAAGAUUGUGGUGACUCGAGCAUUGCUGAUCACAGCUGACAUCCUCUCGGGAUUCGCGUUAGUCUUGCUGGCGCUGGGCCUCGACUGCAUCAAGUUUCUCAAGGAUGAGCUGCACGUUAAGCUGAAGAUGCGCUAUUCGUCAGGAUUAGUCCUGGGAGUCGGAAGUAAGCGCCUUUUCCAUUGGGGUCUGGCUUUGUUGUUAUCGACCAGGACAGCUACUGAGGCAAGCCUUGAGGUGGAAAGUGGAGUCUCCUGUACAACCUCUCUCAUCCCUCAUAAUUACACAAUGGGGUGCAUUGGCCCUGAUUCUAGGACAGGACCACACUGUUUUCCAUCCAGGUCUCCUUUUCUGCUCCUUUAGAUAAGACAGCCAUCCUGUGUUGUGCCAUGACUCACAAUGGAAGCCAUUUUGUGUUAUGCCCCCAUGCCUACAGCCUGCAGCCAUUUUGUGUUAUGCUGCACACCUCAGGGCAGCCAUUUUGUGACUGGCCCAAAUAUGCCCACUGGCCCAAAAUGGUUUGCGACCCCUGGCCAGUUGAUAUGGAGCAAGUUUGCCACAUAUAUGAACAUAUAUGGAGGGAUUUGGGUAUUGGCCCAGCAUAUGGACUAACGCCUAUGCCUUUCUUGAGAUAAUUGUGUUUUCUUGGCCCACCAGGUGUCCUUGGACUGGUGGGCUCUGUCUGGUAUGCCGUUGACAUCUAUAUGGAGAGGACCACUCUUGUCUUGCACAGUGUGUUCUUGGGAGUCCAUUAUGACUUUGGAUGGUCUUGCUGGCUGGGAAUGGUGGGGUCCUCAGGAUGCUUCGUGGCGGCCAUUGUGUUGACUUGCUGCCUUUCUGCCACCACAGGAGGUCAGUACGAAGAGUUAAGAGUUCAGAGACAGUAGCAAAGGUGGUGUAAGAGGAAAAACCAUAGUAGUUAUCACUGACUGUGGCUAUCCCCAAUUGUCCUAAGGGAGGGGUAGGAAACUUGUGCCUCCCUAUAAUGCUAGGACCUGGGGCCAUCCAAGAAAACCAAACAUAGGAGGACUCAGGACAAAGAAAAGUACUUCUUCACACAAGUCAUGGUUAAAUUGUGGAAUUCACUGUACUAAGAGGUAGUGUGAGCCACCAACUUGGAUACCUUUACAGGAGGACUAGACAAAUUCAGGGAGGCUAUCGAUGGCUACUAGCCAGUUAUCACUAUGUUCUGCCUCCACUGUUGGAGACAUUAUGCUUUGGAAUACCAGUUGCCGGGAACCACAAGCGGGCAGGGUUGCUGUCGUGCUCAGAUCCUGCUUGGGGGCUUCCCCUAAUGGGCAUCUGGUUGGCCACAGGAUGCUGGACUAGAUGGGCCUUUGCCCUGAUUCUGCAGGGCUCUCCUUAUGUUCUUACAUUCUCCAGAUAUUCUUGGGCUACAGGUUCCAACCGCCCUACUAGCUACUAGCCAUGCUGCCUAGGGAUGAUGGGCCCUAGCUGAAUUCCUCCCACCCAACAGUGACAAUUUAGAGGUGAUGUCAGGAAACCCUGGUCACAGUGCCCCCUCUCCCGCAUGGGAGAAGAUAACCUAGCAGGGCUGUUACAAGAUAAUGUAUGCACAAUGGUGUAGCAUGGUGGUGGGACUACCGGGGUGAUUGCUCCAAGCGCAAUUUUUUUUAGGAGUGUGCCUCUGCAGCUUUUGCCCCAACCAGAGGUGCUCCCUGUCCUGCCUGCCUGCCUCACCUGAACAGCACGCCAGGCAGGAGCUGGGAGAGAAUGGGCCCUUGCAUACCUUGGCUGUGCGGUGCCCCCCCCAACCAGCAGAGGAGGUGGGCGGACAGUGAGACUUGCUGCGGUGGUGGUGCCCCAGCCAAAGGAGGUGCACGCACAUGUCCAGCCGCUGCACUGAAGCUCUGUCCGGUAGCGACAUCAGCACCACAUGGAAAUGCCGCUUAGGGGGUGCAAUAUGUUCCUUGCCCCGGGCAGAGGCAACCCACGAUACGCCACUGUGUAUGCACCACUCUCCAAGAGCACUAGAGAGGGCCACGUCGAUUUCUAAAUAUUGUGACUUCAAUUCUUCUUUCCAAUGCAGGUGGUGCCCCCCGCAGGAGACCUCAGCGCCCGACACACCAUUCGCCCAUAGUCACUUGCAAAAUGUAUGCCAUGGCUUCCCGCGUGUGA